AUGGCAACGUCUUUUUGUGAGAGAGAUUUGGAGUACGCAGAAGAGUUACAGCUUUGGGAAGUGGUUGAAGCUAGCAAACUAAAUUCAAUAAUAAAUGGAACGCCUUCUCUCACGGAUACGUACGCCUCGGAAAUAUUUAAUAGGAUUGAGAGACUAGAACAAAUGAAUCUAAAGAUCACGGCUAAACUCCAAAAAUGUGACAGUGACAUUGAUCAAAUUUUUAAGAAUGUUAGCAUUGACACGACGGAAACGGAUUCCAGUGACGGAGCCGGUAGAGAAGCGGGCAAGAAAAGGAAGAGUGAAGACGAUAGUUUGGAACCCUUCACAUCGUCCUUAAAACGCAGGUUUGAUAAGAUCGAGAUCUCGCACGAUGCUGCCGGAACGGAAUAUGUGGGUAAAGGGAAAGGAAAAGUCGUCCAAACCGAGAGUGAGGAUGAACCCCCGACGAAAAUUCAAAGUCGUGGAUUGUUCUCGGCGCGUCACAACUGUCAAACAUGUUUUGAGGAUUUUUCUACAUUUGAUAUAAGUGGAGACAUGAAUAAAAUGGCAACGAGUAGUGCGAAUCUGGGCGUUAUUUUGCGAUGCAAGCACGCUGGAGGUAAAAAUAAAAAACCUCAAGAAAACCGGGAGAAUCAAGCGGGUGGUGUGGUUUUUAUGAAUCGAAGGUUGAACAUCAAUCUCACUGAACUCUUGGCCAAACAUAAAAGCAGAGAUGUUCGAAUCAAUUACUGGCUCCAGAAGAUGUUGGAAGAAGUUCGAUGCGGUUAUUGUAAUAUGAGGUUUAAUACCCUUCCAGAUUUAGAAAACCAUCUUAAUCAAACGCCUACCCACGAGUCAUUCCUUUGUUGUGGCAAGCUUUUUAGAUUCCCAAACGAUCUUAAGCGACAUAAAGAUGUUGUCCAUCCCGAAGCCGCCCAUUAG